AUGUUGGAGUUGAGCCAAGGAUAUUACAGUAAUAGCAGUAUCAUUUCUAGAAAAAAUAUGACCACCUCCUACUUCGUUGCUUCUUUGCUUGCUGUGUUCAUAUUUGCCUCCUUAAUGGCAACCGAAAUGGUAGAGAGUCAAAACCUUGCUCCCAAUAUUACGGUAGUAAAUGUUUCACCUCAAACAUAUGAGAUUAAAUAUACUGAUGAUGUGAUGAUUGAGGUUGUCGUUGCCAAUGAUUUGAUGAUUAAUUGGACGAUUAACGGGACUGCUAUUGAUUAUUACAAUACCACUCUCGUAUAUCCUGUUUUUAAUCUUCAGGAAGACGUUACCUAUGUCAUCACCUUAACCGUUACCGAUACCAAUUCGUUAACCAGUUCCACGUUCGACCAUCCCUUCAAGAUCCUUAAAUCAUCCAGACACUGUAACUUUAACGUAACACCCACCUCGGGCUUUGCAUUUGACACUGAAUUUUCUCACGUGAUUGAAAACUGCAGGGCAGAUCAUCUACGAUUCUCCUACUUUUUUAAGCUGGAGGAAGGCAUAAGGGAAGUACAUCACGAAAAUGUGAGUAACGACAUGGUGAUAACUCCUCUUCCCUUUGGUAACCAAAGUGAAAUUGUGGUGGGAGUUGAAGUCAUGGACUCACUUACAGAAAGCUCCACAAUAUAUACCUAUCCAGUAGUAGUCGAGGUACCUUCAUUGGGAUCAUUUGAGGAAUGCAAGAUCUUGUUACGAAGCCUUGGUUUUAAAAGAUCUGCUGGAUCUCUUCCCCCAUUCAAAUACGUACAUGUCUACUCUCCUCACAACCUUCAGUUGGCAGCAAACGAGUGUGCCAGAUUAGUCGUCGAUCAUGGUGUUAGUGUGUAA